AUGACAAUUCUAGGUACAGCUUUCAGUAUGGUUUUCUGUUUACUUCAAGCCGUUUCUGGAGAAAGUGGCUAUGCGCAGAAUGGAGACUUGGAAGACGCAGAAUUGGACGACUACUCAUUCUCGUGCUACAGUCAACUGGAAGUGAAUGGAUCCCGGCACUCGCUGACCUGUGCUUUUGAUGACCUGGACAUCAACAGUACCAAUCUGGAAUUUCAAAUAUGUGAGUCCCUUGUGGAGGUAAAUUGCCUGAAUUUUAAUAAACUGCAAGAGAUAUAUUUCAUCGAGACAAAUAAAUUCUUACUAAUUGGAGACAGCAAAAUAUGUGUGAAGCUUGGAGAAAAGAGUAUAACUUGCAAAAAAAUGAAUAUAGUCAAUAUAGUUAAACCUGAGGCUCCUUUCGACAUAAGAGUCAUCUACCGUGAAGGAGCAAAGGACUUUGUGGUGACAUUUAACACAUCACACUUGCAAAAGAUGUAUGUAAAAAAUUUAAUACACAAUGUAGCCUACCGCCCGGAAAAAGAUGAAAACAAUUGGAUGCACGUGAACUUAUCCGGCACAAAGCUGACACUCCUGCAGAGAAAGCUACAACCUGAUGCAAUGUAUGAGAUUAAAGUCCGAUCCAUUCCUUCCACUUAUUUUGAAGGCUUCUGGAGUGAAUGGAGUCCAAGUUACCACUUCAGGACUCCAGAGAAGAAUAGUGCAGGGGAGAUGGGUCCCGUUUUACUAACUCUCAGCAUUCUGAGUUCCUUCUCUGUGGCUCUGCUGGUCAUCUUGGCCUGUGUGUUAUGGAAAAAAAGGAUUAAGCCUAUUGUGUGGCCCAGUAUCCCUGAUCAUAAGAAGACUCUAGAGCAACUGUGUAAGAACCCAAAAAAGAAUUUGAAUGUGAGUUUCAAUCCUGAAAGUUUCCUGGACUGCCAAAUUCAUAAGGUGGACGGCAUUCAAGCUAGAGAUGAAGUGGAAGGCUUUCUCCAAGACAUGUUUUCUCCACAACUGGAUGCGUCAGAGAAGCAGAGGCUUGGAGGAGAAGUUCAGGGUCUCACGUGGCCAUCUGAGCAUGCAGUCCUCACCCCAGAAACUUUCAGAGCAGAGUCACCCCUCAGAUGCCUGGCUGGGAAUGUCAGUGCCUGUGAUGCCCCUAUGCUCCCCUCCUCCAGCUCCCCAGAGUGCAGGGAGAGAGGCGAGAACACGCCUCAUGUGUACCAGGACCUGCUGCUUAGCCCUGGAACUACAAACGGCACUCUGCCCCCUCUGUUUCCUCCCCAACCGGGAAUCCUCACAAUGAACCCAGCAGCUCAGGGGCAGCGCCUCCUCAUGUCCCUGGGAUCAAGUCAAGAAGAAGCAUACGUCACCAUGUCCAGCUUCUACCAAAACCAGUGA